AUGAGCGAAGUGCGCAUCUCGGCGGCCCAAAAGCCCGAAAUCAUAACGUGCAACGACGUCGCGGGGACCGUGAUCACCGCACCACCGCACUCCCCCUUCGCGCCAGGCUCCCAGGUCUACGCGCGCACAAGCUACUGGCGGCCCGGAGACGCGCGGGACUACACGGUCGCCACGGGCGACGAGCUUGCGCUCCGGCCGCCGAAUCUAUCCUGGGUUGAGAGUGCGGCUGUGCCGCUGAGCGCGGAGACGGCGUGGCAGGCGCUCUUUGUGCAGGCGGGGAUUGGGGGGUUUGGGGAUCGGGCCUGGGAGGGGAAGAGGGUUCUUGUUACGGCGGCGUCGGGGGGUGUGGGGGUGUGGCUGGUGCAGAUUGGGGCGCUGAGCGGGGCGACGGUUAUCGGGACGUGUAGUGGGAGGAAUGCGGAGUUUGUGAGGGGGUUGGGGGCUGCUGAAGUCCUUGAUUAUCGGACGGUGGAUUUUAAGAGCUGGGGAGGGAAGGAGGGGAAUCAGGUUGAUCUGGUGGUUGAUUGUGUGGGUGGGAAGGCGCUGGAGGAUGCGUGGUGGACGCUUAAGGAGGGGGGCACGAUUCUGGGGAUUGUGCAGCCGCCUGGGCAGAGGAGGCCGGGGGGUCUGGAAGUCAAGAAUGUGGUGGAUAAGUUCUUUAUUAUGACGCCGUCUGGGAAGGAUCUGCAGGAGGUCACGAAGCUGAUUGAGCAGCGGAAGGCCUGGCCUGUGGUUGAUAGUGUUUGGGCGCUGGAGCAGUUUGAGCAUGGGUAUGCACGCUUGGAGAGUGGGCAUGCGAGGGGGAAGGUGGUCUUUGAUUUGAUGUUGAAUGUGAGGAAGUGA